AUGUUACUGCUCUACACUUUAUCAGUGCUAACCUUGUCUUUAAAGGGAAAUGCCGUUUUCACCUCCAAAAUCGAUGUGUUUCCUGUAUCCAGCUCCACUAAGGAUGUGUUUCCUGUAUCCAGCUCCACUAAGGAUGUGUUUCCUGUAUCCAGCUCCACUAAGGAUGUGUUUCCUGUAUCCAGCUCCACUAAGAAUGUGUAUCCUGUAUCCAGCUCCACUAAGGAUGUGUAUCCUGUAUCCAGCUCCACUAAGGAUGUGUAUCCUGUAUCCAGCUCCACUAAAGAUGUGUAUCCUGUAUCCAGCUCCACUAAAGAUGUGUAUCCUGUAUCCAGCUCCAAUAAGGAUGUGUAUCCUGUAUCCAGCUCCACUAAGGAUGAAUAUCGGGGUUUUAGCUCCUUGAAGGACGUAUAUCCUGUUUCUAGCUCCUUAAAGGACGAAUAUCCAGUUCCUAUCAAGUUGAAGGACGUAUAUGCAGUAUCCAAGUUAAUAAAGUAUCUGACUACUAGGAUGCAUACUCCGGGUAGGGUGAAGAGACAGGAGAAUAGGAGAAACCCGCACCGACACCAUCAUCAUCUCCCCGGGCACCAUCAUCAUAAAAAGAAGCAAAUGAAACCUAAAAAGAAACGAAUUUACUCUCAUCAUUUCUACCGAGAAACAUAA